AUGAACCUUGGAGGAUGGGUUCUACAUGUGAAUGAAUGUCUUCAGGAUGCCUCCUCCGGCAAAGGAUCGGUUCAGUCGGGACAAUCUGAAUCGGAUGAGGAGAGGAAGGCUGUGGUCUUUGAAGGUUCAGCGGAUUCAGUAAAGUCAGCUUCAGUUUCAAGAGCUGUGGAGACAACUGAACAUUCAAGGGCAGCUCCGGCUGAUCUUUCUCUUGACCCGUGCCUCUUCUAUUCAUACACAGACGGUUGUGCCAAGGGGAACGAAUGUGAAUAUUCGCAUUCAGUCCAUGCAGAUCAGGUCGCCGUGCCUGUUGCGAAUCAGAAGCGUGGCCACGCACGGCAUCGCAUCAAGAAACGGCUGACCCAAGUUUUUGCCACGGAGAAUCUCUACGAAGUGCAAGAACAGCUCCAGAGGGAAGCACGCCAAGACUCCUUCGCCAAAGGUUUUAUCCGAAGUCAUCUGACCGGGGCCGAUUCGUCCACAUCGGCCACACCGGCACCGACAUCCACAUCAGGCUUUGAAGAUCGCCUCCAACGCCAAUUUGACUCGCAGAUGGACCAAUUUCAAUCCAAGACCCAGAAGAUGCUGGACAACAUCAAGAAGACCUUUCAACAGGCUGAACCCCACCGUCCACCUCAUCGAAAACGAUCACCUCUUGCCACAUCUCCGCGCUCCAAGCCACGUCGCCGACAAUCUCGACAUCACUCCAAGACCAGAUCCCGAUCACCUGUAUACGCUCUACAACCACUCGACGUCAACCUGUCCGCUCACCUCUUCCUCGACAUCGUUCUGCGCCUCACCAUCCCAAAGCCCGACGGACUCCUUCACCUGAACGUCGCCGAACGUCGCCGAUCCCUUCGCCGAGAUCGAACCCGACGCCAUCGAGACCGAGAUGAACAUGGCCCUGUGAAACUCCGAAGACUCUACAAGAUCGGCAAGGGCCAACUUCCAGCAGGUUUGAUAGCAACCUGUCCUACACCAAAGCUCAACAAGCACAUGGCAGGGGGCAAUGAUCAACUCCAACGAGCUUGUCGCUUGGGAGGAAUAGCAAAAGGAAAAGACGGAGAUGGCUACCCGCUGGCAGACGGUGAGCGUGACAACAUGCACGCGGAGCUUCCAGGACUUGAAGUUGUCAUGUGGAUUUUAGUAGUGGCGGUGGCUGGCAGCUGCUCUGUGCACGUGGCAAGGGAGGUGGAUAGGGACAUGGGAAGGGCAAGUAAGAACAUCGUCAAGUAUCCGCGCGUCUUCAUGGCAAAGCUGUUGAGGAAGAGUUGCCCCCGCGGCCAAUUGCCCAAAGCAGGGAGCGCCCAGCGCCAGGAUCUCUAUGAAAAGAUGGCCCUUUGUUGCGCGCUUUACAGCAAGAUCAUGGCAAUCAACGCCAAAACUCCGGAGAAACGUGCUGCCUUGCAAUAUCAGCGACAGCUUCACCAUGAUCUCCGCAUGCAGUUUUUCACGGCCAUUUGCUUGCAACAAGCUCGUGCUGGACGACGCGCCCAUGUGGAACUACGCCAAGCUGCACUCAGUUGUCCUGCCUGCACUGAAGUGUCCAUUCUGCUCACUGCUGAAGGUGUGCAGGAGUACAUGGCUGCCUUGGAGCGAGAGUGGGUUCUUAGUCAGCCGCCACCCUCACAGUCUCACACGCGGUUUGAGAACGAGCUUUCCAACCAAGAGGGCCGUAGCGCAGAGUGCUCCACUGUGAUAGAUCAGAAGUUGAGACGUGUCCUGCUGGACAUAUUUGUAUAUAGCCAAUCGUGCUUCAUUUGGUGUGAGGUGCCAGGUCCAGCGAAUUCCAGCGGCCCCAUCAAGAUCAGAUGGAACGGUCCAGCCGCUGUGAUCAUGCGAGAGGACAGCCUUGACAGCAAGCCCUUGGUUUAUUCGCUGGCCUACAAGUCCCAGUUGUUGCGCUGUGCGUUCUUUCACUUUGCCACGUGCUGCGGGAUCAACUUUAGUCUGCUGCUACAGCUGGUGAUGGCACCGAGUUCGUUGGGCUUCGGCGCAUGGUUUUUCAAUCCUCGUUGGUCGCUGAAGGAGACCCUGGAUGCGCAGAACUCCUCCGCUGCUCCAACUUUCAUCAGUGUGCUUUUCAUGUUUCUGAUAGUGCUAGUCCCGAUGCCGCCAACCAUGGUGCCACCGACAAUGGAGCUUUGUGUUGUGCAAGAGCAGGUAACAGCAGCCGGCCAACUGCGGCAGCAGGAGAAGGACGCUUUUGAAUUGCCGCGAAGAUUUCGGUUGCACUGGAUUCACGGGGUGGGCAUAGCUGAUGAGAAUGCGACCUUGCAGUUCGAGGCGAAUGUGAGGCUGCACCAACCUCACCAAGAUUUUGGCGUCACCUUUGUGAGGAAGAGCACAGAAUUGACCCGUCACCGGGGGGACGGCAUGUUUAAGCAGCGGCAAGAGCCUCAGCCUGGAAAGGGAAAAGGUGAAUGCGCGCAAUUAGGCGUCAUGUGUUUCGAGACGGUGGUGGUUGAAGGACAUAGGAACAAACCGGCGUGUGACAUGGCGGCGGCGGUGGGGGAAGCAGAGUGGGACGUGGAUGAUUUUCUGCGGGCCGUGCGUGUGGAGGAGCAUUCGCGACAUCCAAAGCAGAUCUUGCGAAAAUGCAUUCGACGGGAGAACGGCUGUGAAUGGUCUGGGGAGGAUUCUGGAGACCAAUUGAAGCACAUCAUGUCAGAGCAUUGGACAGAGGACAUGCAAGAGAAAGCGCCAUUGGUGUCUAUAGCACAGGACCGGAGAAGCUUGAGGCGUUACUAUGAGGCACUGUAUGACAAGGAGCUCCAGGGGCUGCGUGCAUCCAUCGGCCGGUAUGGUGCAAGAGGGGACCGAUAUCCGGAUCUGAACAAGAGCCCUUGGAGGGAAGAGCUGGCGCAUGCGGGUGUGUAG